GGGAGGAGCUGCUGCGCGCUGAGGAGAACAGGCUGAUGUUCGGGCAGGUCAGCCGGGCAGGCAUAUGGGCUAACAAGAGAGGAGUUCACGGAGAAGUUGUUCUUGAAAGGAUUUGAUAUAUCACCUGAGUUUUUUUUACUUUCAACAAGUAGUUUAAAAGUGUAAAAGAUGGGGAACAGGGUCGCCCGAGAGGACUACGAAUGGGUUUACACGGACCAGCCGCAUGCCGACCGGAGGAAAGAGAUCCUGGCCAAAUACCCAGAAAUCAAGUCAUUGAUGGUUCCUGACCCGAGGCUGAAAUGGAUUGUGUGCAUGAUGGUGGUCAUACAGUUUUUAGCUUUCUACCUGGUCAAAGACUUGGACUGGAAAUGGGUCUUGUUUUGGACUUAUGCCUUUGGCAGCUGUAUCAACCACUCAAUGACCCUUGCUAUUCAUGAAAUCUCCCACAACACAGCCUUUGGAAACAGCAAGGCCAUGUGGAAUCGCUACUUUGCCAUGUUUGCCAACCUGCCCAUUGGACUGCCCUAUUCUGCAUCUUUCAAACGCUAUCACUUGGACCAUCACCGAUACCUGGGCGGGGAUGGAGUGGAUGUAGACAUCCCAACUGAGUUUGAAGGCUGGUUUUUCUGCACACGCUUCCGUAAAUUAAUCUGGAUUAUGCUGCAGCCACUUUUCUAUGCCAUCCGACCUCUCUACAUCAACCCAAAGCCCAUCACCCAGCUGGAGGUGACCAAUUUGGCCUUCCAGCUCACCUUUGACUUCCUGCUGUUCUGGCUUUGGGGGGCCAAGCCUGUGGUCUAUAUGCUGGCUGGCUCCAUGCUGGGGAUGGGACUGCACCCUAUCUCUGGUCACUUCAUAGCUGAGCACUACAUGUUCCUCAAGGGCCAUGAGACCUACUCCUACUAUGGCUCCCUAAACCUGCUCACCUUCAAUGUGGGAUACCACAAUGAGCACCAUGACUUCCCCAGCAUCCCAGGACGGAGGCUGCCCAUGGUAAAGAAAAUAGCAGCAGAAUAUUAUGAUGACCUGCCACAGUACACUUCAUGGAUGAAGGUCCUGUACGAUUUCAUAAUGGACGAUGCCCUGAGCCCAUACUCCCGUGUCAAGAGGAAGCUGAAGGGAGAUGUCAAGCAGGAAUAAUUUCCACAAAAGCUUCUCUGUAACAAAGCUGCAGUUUCCACCAUGACGGCAACCCUGCUCACCAGCCUAAAGAUUCAACCGCUUUUGCAAAUUAGUACACUUAGCAUGUGAAAUAAGGGUGGUGAUUGUGAAUAUUUGGAGGAAUUUGGUAGAUUGCUCGACUGUUUUUCCUCCAGAGAAGAAAAUAGGUUGUUAUUCAGAUCAGAAGGCCAAAUCUAACGAUGUUGGAUUAAAAGUACGAGAAUUUUUUUGUUAGCGAUUAUAAAGCAGUACCAAGGAUUGGUUACGCAAUCACUGGCUUAGAUUGACAAAAAAAUUAAAGCAAUACAAAACCAUAAAUAGGGCUCACCGCCCACUGCUUGCCAUUUGUCAACAGUUCUAAUAAGUUAGUUUCUGUUUGAGUGUUGAUUUGUUAUAGACUAGUAAGAACAAAGAAAGAGUGGGCUAACUGAAGACUAGUUCAAGAUGUGUUUGUGCAAUGGGCCCUAAAAAACCCGAAAGCAAGAUAGCUACACUGCCACUAAAGAAAAGUCCAGAGGAUGGACUGAGAUGAGCUUCAUGAACUUGCAGUAGAACUUACCUUCCUCCAUUUUGGGAUUUGCCGUUGAAGGUCAACAUCAUUAUGGCAGCUUUGCCAUUGGUCAACAUCACUGUGUGUCUGUGUGUCUGUCUAAGUGGACCAAAAAUGAACUCUGAGUGACUUAACAGCCAUCCUUAUUAAAUGAGCGUGAUCCUGACAGUUCUGAGUUUAUGGAGAGGCUUAUAUAGGUUGCUUCAUGUUGUGAAAUGAAGAAGUUAACCCUUUCUCAGCCUGUGACCCUUUUUCUGAACUCAUCUUUAUAACAUUCAUAUUUUCAUGUACCAAGACGUGCAUACUGUGGUCAUGCUUGCACACAACUAUGACUGGUACAGUAAAAAAUAAAUAAGUUAAAGGUUUUCUUGUAUGUGUGAGUGAAGUGUGUAAGCCUUCAGUGCCUAAUCUACGUUUGUGUUCAAUUCCAUAUAUAUGGUCUUAAUAUAAAUGUUAUGAAUUUAUUCACUUUAAAGACUAUGGUAAAAGUGUACUUCCUUCAGGUUGUACAGGCAGAUCGUAAAAAUGACUGAGGCCAUGCCCACUGUAUAGUUUGUAGUUUGGUGGUUUAGCAUUAUGGAACCAAAUAAGAUUUAUGAAAUUGACUGAAUCUGCCAUUCUUUCAUUCAAUAGUUAACUCUGAACCCUUUUUCAGCUAUAAACGUAAUACAUCAAUAUAAAGACUUCUACUAACCACAUACUCUGGGAAUCUUUCCUGGCUCUUUAGUGCAAGCUUUGAGACAGCAUUAGCCAUAUUCUUCUGUCACAUCCUCCAAAUUACUGAGUCAGCAAAACUCAGGGUAGUACUCUGUGGUGUCUAAAUACAACAAUAAUGUGUCCAGGAUAGUUUGAAAUUCUGUAAUCAAUUGGAUCCUUGACAUCUAUUAACCAAGAUCUCACUCAGUGAUUGAAAAUAUCAAUAAAAACCCUGCUUCUGAAAAACAAA